AUGUCUAACCUCUCACGCGCCUUUACUCGGCGCAACAAGCGCCCAGAGGUGUCCGCACCCAUGCCAUACCGCGGCGAGGGACAUACACGACUGAAUUCGGCAAGCAUCAAGCGGGGCAAUAUAUCAGGCCCAGUCCAGCUGCUGUCGACCACCAAUAUGCUGGCCUAUAACGCGCCCGAUAUUAACUCUGCUUCAUCUUCUGCCUCGUCGCUCCGCUCAGACGACGCCAUGUCUCCUCAAAGCUACGCUUCCUCAAUGACCUCUCCCGAUGCCUCUCCCCAUGAGAGUUUCCCCAUCGAGGCCAACCCUUUGACCUCAUAUUUCCCCAAGCGCUCGGCCACCGUGACUAGCCACCCGCGCUCCUCGACCUCGUCCAACGAGGCUCCCAUCGUGCCUCAGCGUGCGCUGUCCCACACCAAGCGCUCCCACCAGGAACUCGCUCGCAAGCGAUCGGUGUCCCGGAUGUCGCCACCACCAUUGAAUGCCCCCCGCAGCACCCCGACCAUCCGUGCCUCCCAGGAAUUCUUCCAGCCGGAGCCCCAUCCUUUCAGCAAGGAAUUGGAGCAGGUCAAUGAGGUUGCCGAGGAGUUUGGUGGGUUGAACCUUUUGGACGAAGAGGAGCGUGUACUUCACGAUAAGGGUUUGAAGAAGUUCUCUGUGGAAGAUUAUCUUGUGGAAGUGGAGGAGCUCUACGGCAGCAUUUUUGAUGACGAUAACCGUGGAUCUUUGUAUACAUCUUGGUUCUAA